UUCCUGUACGCUGACGUCCAUAUUGUCAUACACUUGACAUAUGGAACCACGGCUUUUACCACCCAGCCAACGUUCCCCAUGUCCGAUUCUUCAUGCAAUGAAUGAAUGACUCAAAUUUAUCAGCAAGUGUCGUUGAAGGAACGGUCAGUGCGCGCAGUUUGUUUACCAAACGCACUGGCGCAAGCUUCCCAACCAGCAGGAUACAGCGCAGCCAUAAUUUGACAGCUCGACCAUGUCUGCCUCGGCCGCCAGAGAUCCUGUUGUGAAAACGAAGCAUGUUCGUUUCGCAAGAAUGAAGGAGGAUGAUAAUAACGAUGACCAAGAGGAACAUACUCUGUUUGACAAGAGGAAAGACACAAGGCGAGGGGUGAAGAGUGUAAUGAAAGGGAGGAAGGAGAGUUCGAAUUCGGGGUCCGAUGGUGAGGUUGAAAUCAUCGGUGGAGUUAGCAGCGCCAGCGGUUCUGGAGGCUGCAGCGGCUGGAUCAUCACCAUGGCGCUCUGUGCAUCGUUCCUCGGACUGGGGAUGAGUAUCUCUGUUUUAGGCCCCACGUUUCAAGACCUGGCCAUCAAUGUCAACCAGGACAUCAGCAAUAUCUCCUACAUCUUCGUAGGCCGCUCGAUGGGCUAUAUAGGCGGCUCUGUGUUGUCAGGAAUUCUCUUUGACUGCAUGAACAGCCUUCUUCUGCUGGGCCUUUCCAUGUUGAUCACAGCGUUUGGGAUGUUUGCAAUCCCUUUCUGUAAGACAGCCCUUCUCCUCACUGCUCUGAUGUCCAGUAUUGGAGUUUCUAUGGGCUUUCUAGACACAGGUGGUAAUGUCCUGAUCUUGCAGACGUGGGGAGAUCAGGCUGGCUCUCACUUGCAGGCCUUGCACUUCAGCUUCGCCGCAGGGGCCUUCGUCUCGCCCAUCAUCGCCAAGCUGCUCUUUGGAACAGACUUGGAGCUGGAUGUGGCUACGAACGGCAGCAUGGCAGCCCCGCCUGUAACAUUGACCUCCCCACCUGUCACAGACGAUGUGUUCCAAACACAGUCCCCUUAUGAACCCAAACGCUAUGUCCUCAGUAGCAGCACCCUCAAGUCCAUGUGGGCCUACAUUGUGAUCAGUGGUUUCAUCCUGUUAAUCUCCCUCCUCUUCUUCAUCCUCUAUGCCCGCCACAGGCCCCCUCAGGGCAGGGCACAGACCCCCUCAGGGAAGCACCUGGUGUCAAAGCAUCACAACGCACUCAUCGCCAUGCUCUUUGUCUUCUUCUUCUGGUACGUGGGGGCCGAGGUGGCGUACGGCUCCUUUAUCUUCACCUAUGCUAAGGAUUAUAUCCAUAUGGACGAGGCCCAGGCAGCAGGGCUCAACUCCCUGUUCUGGGGGACGUUCGCUGCCGGCCGUGGCCUGGCCAUCUUCUUUGUGUCCUGCAUGCACCCAGGCACCAUGAUCCUACUGAGCCUGGUGGGCUGCACCCUGUCCUCCCUGUUCCUCACCCUCUUCAGCACUAACAGGGUGGCCCUGUGGAUCUGCACUGGUGUCUAUGGUGCCUCCAUGUCGACCACUUUCCCCAGUGGGAUCUCCUGGGUGGAGCAGUACACCACAGUGACGGGGAGAUCGGCGGCGGUUUUCGUGGUGGGGGCAGCCCUGGGGGAGAUGGUCCUGCCCGCUCUGAUGGGCUUCCUGCUGGGGAGGAUCCAUGGUCACCCCCUGUUGAUGUACCUGACCCUGGCCACCGCCACAAUGACCUCCAUCCUCUUCCCCUUCAUGUUCUGGCUGGCCUCGUCCCCCAGCGGCCCCAGCAGGACACCCCGCAUCAGGGGCCGCAAGGAGCCCGACGACAGUGAGUACCGCCAAGGCCUGCUGGACUCAGGAGCCAAUGAUGAGGAAGAGGAGCAGCAGGAGGAUGACGAGGCAGACCAGUGGAAUGACGCCGACUUUGAGGUAAUCGAGAUGGAUGACGCCAGCCUUAUAAACUCUCCGAAUAAAGCAUUGUUAUCUCCUAAUAAAGCGCUCUCUUUAUCUCCUAAUAAAGCGCUCUCUUUAUCUCCUAAUAAAGCGUUGUCACCUCCUAACAAAGGGCUCCCACCACCUGAUGUUACGGGGACAUCAGGCGACAUCAGUGCCACAUCUGUCCCCUCUACUGCCCAGUCCCUAGAGCCCACAGUUGGGACCUCUUUUUCAGACUCUCCCGCUCUGCUGGGGGACUCACCCGGACAGAAAAAGCUGCUUUCCCUAGACCGGGAAAAGAGGGACUAGGGGCUUUAUUCAAACCAUAUCGUGGAAAUUUAAAGGCAAUGUUCCCGCAUUAGCAGAGAAUACAUUCACGGUAAACGCUGCAUAAAUCAGAUCAAUCCAAAAGUACUUUGACAUUUCUAGUGCGCAAUCGGUAACGCUUCAGCGAUACGCAUUGAAGAGCCCUAAACCUGGUAUUCAAUCCAAUUGCGUUUUGUCCGCAAUGGUCCUUUUAAAGGCAUUGUUCCUUCGUUCGCGGAGACUGCAUUCACAGUAAAUGCUGCAUAUGUCAGCUCAAUCGGAAAUUAACUUUUUAGUGGCAGUCACGAAGUGCAAUCGGAAUGAAUCACGCCUAGGGGUUCUAGUCUGGGUGUGAAAUGCACCAUGAGUGCUGUAAAGACAUUACAAUAAGUACUUCAUAUAUUAGUAUUCUACAAGAGCCAUGUCUCCUUCUCUCUCGAGAAACUUGUUUGUUAAUGUCUGGUUGUUUGUCAUGUGCUUCUUUGGCUUGUUAACACUCACAUGUAAGGGCUCUAUUUAAUCUGGAUCGCUGAAGCGUUACAGAUUGCGCAAUAGAAAUGCCAAGGUAAUUUCCGAUGGUCCCGACAUAUGCAGCGUUUACCGUGAAUGCAGCCUUCGCUAACGCGGGAACAUUGCCUUUAAAUUUCAAUCAUGACUUUAACGUUGAACUUCCCGCGAUACGGAUUGAAUAGAGCCCAAAAUGUUUGAUACUACGGAUUUACCCCACAGUUUAUGUCUACUACGUUAUUUGAGGCUGUGUUUAGGGGGAAAGUUAGGCCUCUUACAACGGUUGCUGGUAAUGAAUACUGAAGAAUCACCAACGUAACACUGAAAAUAGGUUCCUUUAGAUAUCUUGGAUGUAAUUUUCUUUGUCAUUCAUAUUUAGUAAUAUGUGAAUUCUCAGCAGUUAAAGAUAGGAUGUUAGCCACCAAUGUGGCCUGACUAUGAAUUAUGUUUUUGUCAGACCUUUGAAUGAAGUUUGUUUUCUGCAACAAAAAAAUAUAUUUUAGAAAAUCAUUUAGAAGUGUUGUGCAGUGAUCAGUUGUAGUUUUUCAUUCAGAUGUGUGAUCUUUGUGCUAAUAACUUGAUCAAUCUCAGAAUUGUUCUAUUAAAACAAUGGAAAUCACAACCAUGACAAAAUACUAAUACAUGGAGUUUUAUUAAACCAAUCCUCAACCUGCAGCCACAGCAAUGUCCAUUAAAAACG